AUGAUAGCAUGGAAUUGGUUGUUUGUCACGGUACUGGCCUUGGUGCAGCAAGGAUUAUGCUCUGGAGGUGACAUUUGCUAUUUGGUCGGAUCAAAAUCUGCUGUGGUCAACGAUCAAUUAUAUUUCUUCGCCGGCAACUACAGUACUGUGUCCGAUGGCGCUGCGUCUCUCUACUCUAUCGAACUCAGCGACCAGUUUCCAGCCCAACGUGCGAUUCCUCAGUCGGCACUCAGCACCCAUUCCAUCGACUCUGAUGCAAGCGUUGCCUACAACAGUGCGAUGCUCACUAGAAGUGCGAACAGUGGGAACGUAAAUGGAGCAAUUUGGAACAUUGGUGAUGUAAUUUACGUCUUCGGCGGCGGCUUUGAGACUCCGAAUAACUUGGUUGGUGCCUACAAUACUUCGACGGGUGAGUGGAAAGACGUUACUGUGGCUGGAGGUGACUUCAACUUCGGGAAUCGCUUCUCUACUCAGUUUGCUACCGCUCCUGGGGCCAAUCUCGGCUUUGUUUAUGGCGGUUCCACACCUUAUAUGACCGGCAUGAUUCGUUUUGAUGCAAGUGAUCCUAAUCAGCUUUCAUGGACCAACGAGACACUCACAAGCGGGUCCAAUGGCAUCGAACUGCCGAACAUCAGUGGUGGCACUUUGGUUUAUAUUCCAGCAGGAAAAGAAGGAAUGCUUAUCAGUUUCGGCGGUCGAAAUGCUACUGCAGGCCUGACAUCCAAGGGAUGGCAUAUCGAGUCAGACUGGCUAAUUAUUUACGUGUAUGAUAUCUCAUCUCACACCUGGUGGAUGCAAAAGGCUUCUGGGGUUCCCCCUAAAAAUCGACUUUCUUUCUGCACUGCUGUCACUACUUCUCCCGACGGCGGUGCGUUUCACAUCACGACGUACGGCGGAUGGAGUCUGGAAGAUUCUCGCUCAUACGAGGAUGUGUAUGUCUUAACGAUUCCAUCAUUCAAGUGGAUCAAUGUCACGGACGUGUCAAAUAAGACCAAUACAGAAUGGGUCAAUUCGACUAUUGGACGCGACACCAUGUCUGGCGCUUGCCAGACAUAUAAGGGCUCACAAGCAAUCGUUCUUGGAGGUGAGAUACGCUCUGGGGCUUACUCGGUCUCUAAAAGAAAAUGUAGCCCCGUCUUUGAGCCUGUUCGUGUGCUGGAUCUGUCGUCGUAUAUAUGGCGGUCAGAUCUAAGUACUACAUCCAGUUAUGAAGUGCCAGCCGUUAUCUUUGCCGAGAUUGGUGGAAAUGCAAGCGGUGGUGCCACAAUCACAACGCCUUCUGCUGGAUUUGCAGAUUCUACGCUGGCCUCCCUGCUUCAACAACGCGCCGCCACAAACAUAAGCACAUCUUUCUCGUCAUCACUCUCGGACCAGAACACGUCUCAUGUAAAUAGCGGUGCGAUUGCAGGCGGCGUGGUCGGCGGUGUGGCCGGGCUCGCAUUGAUUGCUGGAGCAGCAUGGCUCCUAUUCAGGAGUCGCCGUAGCCAAAAACACAGCGUGGACUCGAAGGGUCCUCUGUCGCCGCAUGAUAAUGUAGGAGCUCAGGAAUUGGAGUCGCAAAAUAUGUAUGAGGCACCGAUGCAUGGAGAAACAGAGACAGCGGAAUUGGAUGGAGCUAACGUUCUUGAACUUUCUGGAUUGCUGCCAUCUGUGGAACGGUCACCGAUACAAAAUAUCGGACUGACUCGGAUCUAA